AUGGCGCAUCAGAAGUGUCAGAACGUGUCCUACUGCGGGCAGCAGUGUGGCUCUCUGCGCUACGGCGCUGGCACUGCUGGCACUGCUGGCACUGGCACUGUUGGCACUGGAGCUUCUCUCUGCCCAUCAUCGUCAUGCCACCAACAGUCACCAUACCCGCCAUUAUGCCACCCUCACCAGGGCUUCCAACGCAGCUGCCAACAAGGCUGUUACCACAGCCUGCCUCACAACAACCACAUGAACCACGAACACAUGAACUACGCCCUCAACCACACCCUCAACCACGCCUAUAACCACGCCCACAACCACGCCCACAACCACAAGUACCCCAACAGCAAAUCAGUACUCAUCUUCAAGGAAGUUAACACCUGUAACCCAGCAACCAUCACCGGUACCCUCUCCCGUAUCUCCCUUGAUGAAGAGGAUGACCCCAAGCUGGCGGCCCACCAGGAGGGGGGCCUAGGSGUCAACUUCAGCUCCCUCCCUGGAAACAUCCCCCCUCCMAACCUACUCGUCCAGGUGCCCYCGCUGGGUGUUCUGAACGAGCUGAGUGACACCCCUGUGAAAAAGGAGGUGAACGUGGAGCAGCAGAUGCACCAGGGGAACCCCAGGAACACGGCGCCUGUCUACCUGUGCACUGAGAGCGGGAUGGGCUGGUCUCGACCGCCCCCUCCUCCCAACACUCUGGAUGGACCUUGUGGGGGAGGGGAGGGGGACUAUAUGGURUUACCCCGUAGGACGGUCAGUUUAAAACCCCCUCUGCCCCCAGGUCUGGGUCUGGGGCUGGGGGGCGAGGACAAGCCGCUAAACAUCGCAGUGGAUGACCCGCCCUUCCCUCCGCCCCCAUCGCCCAUGACCCUCCACCCGGCGGAGAGCGAGGCCUACCCAGCUGACUUCAUCUCCCCCGGCGACCACAACAUGAACAUCGGCCUGAACAUGAACCGCUCUUACGGGACGCUCAAGCAGCUCCCCGUGCAUGGGAGUCAAGGUCCCCAGGGCCACAUGCACGCUCCAGGGGGCCACGUGCAUGGGGGCCACAUGCAUGGGUACGGGCACUCACUGAAGCCGUGCCAGAGGCCGUCGGUGAGGCAGAUUCUAACAGGAGGGGGAGACACGGUGGAGCGCAACCGGACCCUGCCACGCAAUCUGAGCAGCACCAACACUAACACCAGCCUCUCCGCUGGCUCCCUGGAGAAAGUGAUGCACACUCGCAAAAGACACUCUGAGCUGUACCCUGAGCUCAACCACUCCACCACCAAGUUCCACACCAUAGACAGGUAUAACAGGGACCCCGACAUGUCCACUUUCAAGUGUGGUAUUUUGUGGUAA